UUCCCGCCUCUCCUUCUCCCGCCCACUCCUUCUCCCGCCCACUCCUCACUCCCCACUCAUUAAAGCCCUAAUCUCCCGUCUCCAUUUUCCAUCGUUCUCAUCCCUCUUUUCCUUCCAUCUCUGGAACAUGAAUCGAAGAUCCAGAAGAUCCGGGAACUCUCAUUCCGAGACGUUUCACAAGUAUCUAAAGCCUGGUGCGCUAGCACAAAUCCGGAAUUCGCGGAUGAUCGCCCGAUUCAAUCGGGUUAAUUUGGUCUCUCAGAUCUACUCCACUCGUUCCUCAUCGCUAUCGCCUUCUACUACGCCGAUGGGCUCCAGUAUGCUUCAGGUGAACAUUGCUGAUGCUUCUCCUUGCUUUGCUGGGAGGGUGUAUGGUCCCCUCUGCUUGCAGAGAAAAAAACUUUUGGCUGCUAAGUCUUCUUUGUGGUUCCUCGCUUCUAGCCCGACCAAUCUCACACCCGAUUCUCCGCCUGAUCCGGUUAUUGGAGUCUUAGGGGGGUGAAUUGUACAAGUGUUGAUGAUCGGAAUAUUUUCAACUUGUGAAUCGACCUUUUUCUUUGUGAAAUUAAUAUCAAUCUGGAAUACAUGAUACCUUUUGUAGUAGUAGUUGAUGACUUGUGUGCAUCUUUUUUCUUUCUUGAUUUUAACCGAUUUGAAAUAAUAAGAUCUACCAGAUUCUUGAUCUAUUAA